UCCACCUGACAAACCAAUCAUCGCCGUCCACGCCGUCCCUACCCCUUCCCUCAUCAUCUAAACAUCGUCCUUUUAUUAACUACAAUCCAAACGAUCUCCAUCUCCCCGCAAAAGGUAACAGAAACAUUUCCAAAUCCCUCACUCUCCCCAUGGCUGCUGCUACGUUUACUUUCUCUCCAAUUACUGCUCCUGCUGCCGCCUCUUCUUCUUUGGUUUCCGAUCGUAGUAUCUCCAUUAGAUUACCGGAAUUUCGAGGUCUCAAGAUUAAACCGAGGGCAGCGUCGGCGACUCAGGCAUCCAGAUCGGUGAGUCGGGAUCCGCGUCGACCCGGUCGAGGUGGACGUGUUGUUUGUGAGGCCCGGGGGACGGCUGUUGAUGUGCCAUCUGUCAAGGAUGAUACAUGGCAGUCUCUUGUACUCGAUUGCGAAUUGCCUGUUCUAGUUGAAUUUUGGGCUCCAUGGUGUGGGCCUUGCCGUAUGAUCGUCCCCAUAAUUGAGGAACUGUCGAAGCAAUAUGUUGGGAAGCUCAAAUGUUACAAAGUUAACACUGAUGAGAGCCCUUCCAUUGCAACUCGAUAUGGAAUUCGAAGUAUUCCAACUGUAAUGAUCUUCAAGGGUGGACAGAAGAAGGAUGCAGUUAUCGGCGCUGUUCCCAAAUCCACCUUGACAACCUGUAUUGAGAAAUUCUUAUAGGGUGUUAAGAAAAUGUCACUUUUUUCUGGAAGUCAAGCUCUUUCUGGUGAUUUCUUCUGUUGUCAACUUCCAGUGGCUCAUGUUAAGAUACUCUGCGUCUGAAAUAAACUCAUCUGUCUCUGUAUAGUUAUCAGAAGAUCCUGUAUUUUCUCUCUUUAAGUUAAUGUUAAUUAGUUAUGUGCUUAUUGUUUGAAUGA